GUAGUUUGUAUAUUUGUUUUGUCUUUCUAGGAAACCAUUCCCGUUGCAUGGGUCAACACGACCCUGUUUGAUUACCAGGGUAAGCUGCGGUCGGGUCCAUUGAAGCUCUUUGCAUGGCCUGUACCUGAAACAAUGGCAGACCAACUCAAUCCAGUUGGCACAGUGGUGUCCAAUAUCAACACUGCUACCUCAGUCUCACUCAGCAUUGAAUUUCCAAGUUACUCCCAUGCUGUUGUGUAUCCAUCAUUUGAGAAGAUUGCUGAACUAGCUGCAGAAGUUACUGACUUCAACAUUUUUGGAGGAGCAGAUGAAACAUUGAUUGAGCAACUAAGGCAGAUUGUAAACCGUGAACCCUUGGCCCCAAUCUUUGAACAAGAAAAGGAGCUUGUUUGGGAGAGGAGAAUUGACUGUCGAGAACAUUUUCCGCAUGCUCUAGCAAAACUGUUGUGUUGUGUGAAGUGGAACAGCAAUAAAGAUGUUGCUUUGAUGCAAAUUCUGCUUCAAACUUGGCCCAGGCUGGAUCCAGAGCAGGCUUUAGAACUGUUGGAUUUCACGUAUGCUGACCAGGAAGUGAGGAAGAUUGCAGUGCAGUGCAUUGAAAAAAUGAGUGACAGGGAAAUUUCACAGUAUCUUCUUCAGCUAGUCCAGGUUCUAAAGUAUGAAUCAUACCUUGAUAAUGACUUGGCAGAGUUUUUACUCAAGAGAGCUCUUAAGAAUCAGCACUUUGGGCAUCAGUUGUUUUGGUUUCUCAGAGCUGAAAUGGAUAACCCAGAAGUAUCAGUAAGGUUUGGUCUGAUGUUAGAGGCUUAUUGUCGUGGUGCGCCGUCACACAUGAAAAGUCUGCAGCGCCAGGCCCAUGCUCUUAACAAGAUGAAGGCUGUCACCGAGUUACUACAGCUUAUAGACAGGGAAAAAAAGGAAAAAGGUUUAUUAACAAUGAAGGACCUUUUUCGUCAGAAAACUUACCAAGGAGCUUUAUCUAAAGUCAGCUCUCCUCUUGAUCCAAGUUACAAGCUGCGACAUUUGAAGGUUGAACAGUGCAAGUUUAUGGAUUCCAAAAUGCGGCCUCUGUACUUGGUGUUUGAAAAUUUGGAUGAGUUGGGAGACCUGGUGCGCAUUAUCUUCAAGAAUGGCGAUGAUCUUCGUCAGGACAUGCUAACGUUACAACUGUUUAAGAUCAUGGACAGGAUUUGGCAAAAUGAAGGCCUGGAUUUAGGAAUGAUCCCGUAUGGUUGUUUGUCCACUGGCAGUUCUAUCGGAAUGAUCGAGGUCGUCCAUGAUGCGGAGACUAUAGCCAAGCUACAGAAAAAUAAAGGUGUUGCUGCAACCUUCGCUAAGAACUGUAUUUGGGAUUGGCUAAAGGAAUACCAUGCUACUGAAGAGAGUUUAAUCGAGGCUGUUCGUCGUUUCACGCUUUCCUGUGCAGGGUACUGUGUGGCUACGUAUGUCCUGGGGGUGGGUGACAGGCACAGUGACAACAUUAUGGUGAAGAAAACAGGACAGCUGUUCCACAUCGAUUUCAGUCACAUCCUGGGGAACUUUAUUAGCAACUUUGGAGUUCGGAGGGAAAGAGUGCCCUUUGUACUCACCGAUCAUUUUGUACACGUGAUUUCUGAGGGCAAGGGAAAAGACACGGUGGAGUUUGAAAAGUUUAAACAGCUCUGUGAAAGAGCCUUUCUGAUACUUCGCCGCAAGGGACCUCUUCUGAUCAACCUGUUUGUCAUGAUGCUGUCCGCUGGCCUCCCAGAGCUGCGGUCACUUGACGACAUUGGUUACUUGAGAAAGACACUCGUGCUGUCUCUUUCAGAAGAAGACGCCAUCAAAGACUUCAAGAAGAAGUUCGACCAUGCCAUCAACAACAGCUUUUCAACGUCAAUGAACUGGUUUGCUCACAAUGUAAAAAGAGAUAACCCUUAAAGAGUAUCGCCCAAAAAUUGUACUGGCUUUUAAGCCACGAUUACUUCACUUCCUGCGAAAUUUUGUUCGGUGUUGACCAAGAGGAUCGAGGGCUGAAGCAUCGUGACAUUUAAGCCCAUUGGCCGACAGCAGUCGUCAAGAAAGCGCGGGAAAACUCACGGAGACCCGCUUUUGCAUGGUCUUGAUUGACUGGAGAGGAACGCAGCUCUUCAUUGAUUGGCUGGAAACUGAGCGUAAAUAUUCUAGAGAAAGAGUUACUUGACAGGUAUCUUUUAAUAAGCGCGUGUGUACAGGAAGGCAAUUUUUCGUUGACUUUCUUUUCUCCUGUACAAGUUUUAUUUACUGACAUGUCAGGCAAAACAGAGCAGGUCUUCCCUUGUUUCGUCUACUAAACGUUGAUCGUGUUCUGUUGUGCUUUACUAAAGUCAAUAGUGGACAUCUGUCAAUUUAGGAAAAUAAGUUUGCAGCUGGAAGUAAUAGUUCGACCUUACUGAUCGACGUUUUUAGCAUUGCAGUUAUUGUAAGAUAUGUAUAGAACGAAGUGGGAAGUAGCUAGUCUUAGAUAGUUAUUUUUAAUUUUUACUGGAGUAAAAAAAAAUAUUUUAGCAAUUUCUUUUUUGAAUGAAAAAUUCAAAUGUAGCAAGUUUUUGGGACAUUUUGCCCAGUAUUACAGUUUAAGUAUGAAUUGUCCUGCAGCUUAAAGUUGCGUUUAGCAUUGUUUGGGAAAAAUCGAAUACAUGUAAUUUUUAGGGAAGUUUAGGUUACUAAACUUAGUGUCAAAUUUUUUCACAAUUGUGAUUUUUGAAAAAUUUUCUCGACCUCCUUGUAAUGUAACAGUUGUUUCCCGGAGUGGGAGGUAGCUAGUCUUAGAAAAUUAACUUUUAAUUUUUACUGGAGUUAAAAAAAAAAACAUUUUAGCAAUUUCUUUUUGAAUGAAAUUUCAAAUAUAGCCAGUUUUAAGGACGUUUUGCCUAGUAUUACAGUGUAAGUAUGAAUUGUGCUGCAGCUUAAAGUUGCCUUUAGUAUUGUUUGUGGAAAAAAUCGAAUACAUCUAAUUUUUAGGGAAAUUUAGUUAACUAAACUUAGUGUUAAAU